UAAAUAAUAUUUUUAUUUUGAAAGAGAAGUUUGUUUGCGGAUUUCGAGACGACUAUAAAUAACGGAAAGUUGUGUGUCCUGUAGAAAAAUAUUAAAUUUAAAAAUAAACGAAGAUACAAUAAGAAAAACUUUGUAUUAAAAAUAAAGAUCAGUAUUUGUGAUUUAUUUAUGUCGUUAAAGCUAUUUUGUGUGGAUACGUGCAAUCUAACUUUCGUUAUCCUUACAUAGUUUAGGAGAGGACAUAUAUUCCACGAAAACAAAAACUAGGGUGUGUUUUGUAUUCUCUUUCCGAAAAUUGCACCUGUCAAAAAAAAAAAAAGUACCUAUAAGUUUGACGAGAACGAGAAAAGGAAGAAAAAUAAUUCGUGUACUUCAAAAUGUCUGUAUCAUCAAACGCAUCAUCUGCUGGCUCCUCAAUAUCUGGUAUAACCAGCUCCAAUGAUAGACGGUCAUCUUUAGGUCAUCCCAACAGUGAUUCGGGUAGUGAUUCGUCUGAACUAACGCACAUACUUAAUCGUCGUCAAAUAAUUAUAGAUUCUCAGGAAGCCGGCAUAGAGGUACCACAAAACUUCAAGGUGGUCAAUGUGUACACAGAAUUUCAUGAAUUUUCUCGAAAACAAAUCAAAGAUUAUCAAAAAACAUUUAACACGUACGAUAUCGGUCGUGAUGGCUAUUUGGAUUUAACAGAACUUAAAUAUAUGAUGGAGAAGCUCGGCGCUCCACAAACGCAUUUGGGCCUAAAGCAGAUGAUUCAAGAAGUCGACGAAGAUAAUGACGGUAAAAUUUCAUUUCGUGAAUUCCUUCUCAUCUAUCGUAAAGCGCAAGCAGGCGAAUUGGAAAACGAGUCCGGGCUCAAGCAAUUAGCACGUCUCACCGAAAUCAAUGUUGAAGAAGUGGGCGUAAGUGGUGCGAAAAAUUUCUUUGAGGCUAAAAUUGAACAACAGCUGCGCACAAAUAAAUUCCAUGACGAAAUCAGACAAGAACAAGAAGAACGCCGCCGCCAAGAGGAGGAGAAAGCUAAUCGACGUUUAUUGUUUCAGCAACGUGCUGCAAUUUUUCAAUAAACAAUAAACUCAAUCAAGAGGACGUGAAAAGCAAUGCAGAUUUUAAGCGGAUGAUAGCGAUUGUGUUUUUAUUUUAUUCCUUUUUUAUUUUUUUUUUUUUUUCGAUAUAAGUAAUUAAGCUUUAGUGUCAGUGUUUAGUUUCAAUUUGUGUGAUUGAUUACCUACGCGUAUAAUUAAUAUAUAAUUUAUAAUAUAAAAAUUGAAAGCAAAAAUCAAAAAUUAUUAAAUUCACGCUUAAGAUAUGUAUUAUUUAGUUAUGCUUUUUUAUUCUCACGCAAAUAAAAAUCAUUGAAUGAAAGAGAAAAAACAAGGCAACCACAUACAUAAUCAUAUGAAAGAAUUUCUCUUCAAAAGAUAAAUUUCUAAUGAAAGAUAAAAAGAAAAAUAAUAUUAUAGAUUUAGAAACGGGAAAAACACAUUUACAUACAUGCACUUAUAAAUCUAUACAUGUAUAUGAUAUUAUUGUAAUACGGUAAUUUACAUACACACAUCUAAAAGGAAAGAAACUCAUAUAGGCAUAAAGAAAAAAACGCAUAAAAACUAAAAAAAUUAUUUGAUUACAUUUUUAAUAAUCGCAUUGCAACCACUACAUACAUAGUACAUAGGGAUAUUUAUUAAGAUUUUUUGUAAUAAAAUUUAGUGAUGUAAUAUCCGCGAUACAGUUACAGUACAUAUAUACAUAUAUAUAUAUAUAACACUAUAUUGGAAUUUCUUAGUAUAUUUGUGCAAGCCUGAAAAGAAUUGAAGAACAGAGUUCGAGAAUCGAAGAACCGAUUUUAAUAGUAAUAGCCUAAGUAAGAGGCGUCCCUUAAGCUUUUCAGCAAACCUGUACAUGCGUAUGAAAAUAAAUGCGCAAGAUCAGGAUGCUUAUGAGAAAAUUAAGAAAUUAAGGCGUAUUGCUUUUGAUGAUCCUUCCGGUCAUUUGGCAGAAGACUAAGAAACCUACGCAUAAAAAAUCUAAAGCAAUUAUAUACAAGAUAAUAAGAGUUAUGCACCUAUUCCAAGAGUACGCUACAGAGCUAGUAUUGAUAAGUUUUACAAACGUUCUUAGAACUAGCGAAGACAGUUUGGGAUAUGUGACAACACGUGUGUAAUUGGUAUGAUUGAUAUGCCGGAAGCUUCUAGAACAUCUCUAAUUGUUUGAAAGCUGGUACUCUAGCAGUCUAGCUGAAAACUGUGCUUGAAAAUUAAAAUGAAUUUCAUCAUUGCGAGGAUUGUAAUAAAACCCAUCAUCAUUGCGCAUAAAGGAAUAACAAUGCAAGCAUUUAUACAUCACAGUGCUUUUUUAAUUAUCAAAAGGAAUUGAGAGAAUACGAUAAUAACCAUACAAUCGAUACAUGAAAGUCUACUAAUUAAUAAUCCCUUACUUGGCUCAGAGAGGAAUUGAAAACAUUCCUAAUUAGGACUGUUAAUAGGGUAGGUGGGCCACUGUAAAUUUUGCAAGAAAUCAAUGUUUUUUGGAUUGACACCAAUGAUCCCUUAAAUGGCUUAGAAUGACAAUAGAAGCCAUGAAAGAGACUUCAGUUUUUUAACAUAAUUAUAUGGCUCUUAAUACUGCAAAUGCGUUUUACUCGAAACACGGCUUCCAAAAACGGCACAAGGAUGAAUCCCUCAAUUUUCGUUUGUUUCAAUUUCACUUUCUCACCAUCAGUCAAAUUCACCUUUAAGGCGCAUUGUCUUCAUAUAUUUGGUAACUGAUCUCGCAAUGCUUGCGUGGGAAAAAUCCAGCCAUAAGCAUGUUGAUUAAAUAAUUUUUGUUCUAAGUCAAAUUCAAACCAACGUAGACCAGGGCGCAGAGAGCCCAUUACAUUGAUAAUACCUAACGAGGAUGAUCCCGACGUUGCUAUUUUAAAAUAUGUUUCGAAGAUAAUUUUUUUUCUACAUACGCUUAAUAACCUCUAGAGUUGUACCUGCACAAUUAUUAUUAUUUUAUUCCCUUUUCCACCCUCCAGACAAAAUUGCCAAAACGCCUCUUUUUUUCAAGACUGUAACAGUGGCCCAAUCCACUUUAAACAGUGAUCUAAGAUUGACUUUAACAAACAAACCUUCGAUCUAGCUUUAAUAGAGUUGUCCAUCUCACAACCAAUGCUAGGCUUUUAAAUCUUCAUCAAAUGUUAUCUAUUAAAGAGACACAAAACUCCUUCACACGCAAUGAGAGAGAAU